AUGAAGCCUGGUAGCAGAAAACUCCGGGGACCAGUUCUUGUUUUGACAUUGGCACACAAAAUGUGCGCUGUCUUCGCAUCGGUCUACUGGGACGAAUACGAGACGUGCCAUAAUGACUUCGACUAUGGCAACUCCACAUUGGUAUGCGAUCCAACUCAUCGGUUGGCGAAUACGACAACGUCCAAACUAACCGACAUGCUAUGGAGGUUGCAGUCGCGAAUAGGAUGCGAAUGUGUAGAUGGAUGUCGCCGAGAUAAUGGACGGGAUGAGUUCAUCGGAUUACUUCACGUAACUAGCAGCAAAAAUACAGAUGACCUAAAAACUGAUAUGCAACGAGAGUAUGCAGAUGCGAAAUUGGGUAAUGCAAGCUGCGAUCAUGGUUUGCUACUUGUCUACCUCAAAGAUACACAAAAGGUAUGA